AUGCCAUCUGGAUUUGAGAAUUUACUUCACCAUUCGCCGCCGCCAUCCCCUCCACCACGGCGCGCAAGCCCUUCAUCCCGCUACCGUCUCUACAUCAGACAACAGCCCAUAGCCGCACGGGCCUGCGGUGCCGGUGACAGAGACCGACGACCCGUUGACCCUCCCCCAAUCAUCCAAUUGCUCCUGACAGACUUCAAUCCGGACUCCAAGGAAGACCGAUCAAUCCUUCAAGAUCCAAGAUUCACCGUUGGAUGCCUCCUAUACCCCGUCCAGGAACCCCCCUACCUGCCAGGGCCAGGCUCAAGCGCCGGCCCCUCAAAUCCAAAUAUCGGCAUCAACAUGGAAGACAGCAACGCCCCUGGCAAUUCCACCCCGCUCCUCUCCGGAAAAGCCUUCGCCUCCCCCUUCUACGUCGACGAGGAGCCGGAUCCUAACUCCGCGCCAGCGCACCCCUCCAGCACCGACGACUACAGCACCAGUCCUCGAGCUCUAACGCGUAAACCACGCACCGGGUCCCUUUUGACCCCGCCCGCGUCCUUCUUUGUAUUCUCUGAUCUUUCUGUGCGCACCGCGGGCCUGUACCGCCUCCGAUCCAGACUCAUGCAUUGGGGCGCCAUUGAGGAUACAGGGCAGUCCAUGCCCAUUCUCGCCGAGGUCUGGUCUGAUCCGUUCCGCGUCUACCCGGCGAAAGACUUCCCCGGGAUGCGGGACUCGUCGCUCCUGACGCUGCGGUUGAAAGAGUUGGGGUUUGUUGAGUUGAAGACAAGAGGUCAGGGGAUGGGGAAGGGGAGGAGGGUUGGGGUUGCCAAGGGGGCUUCGAGGGCUCAGCUUGAACAAGCAUGUUGA